AUGUUGGACGUUUUCCUCAGUCCCAGUGAAAAUGAUCAUCAAGACACAGAGGGUGAACAUAGACUGCAAUACAAACCUGAUAGAGUUUCUAACUUCACCCCACCCCAUUCAAAACUCAGAAAAAAUGGUUUUGGAAACACCCUUCCAGGUAUAUUUGAUGUGGAGUUUGUAAGCUCCCAGCUGAGGAACUCAGGCAUGCUAGAAGCCGUACAGUUAAUGAAAGAUGGCUAUCCGAUCCGUAUCCCAUUUAAAGAAUUUGUGAACAGAUAUGGUCAUCUGGUGGAGAAAGUCAUCUCUUUUCCUGAUGACAGAGAAUGCUGCGCUGCUGUUCUCAACAAAACAUUUGGUGGCUCGUCAUCGUUAUAUCAAAUUGGCAUCUCUAAGGUGUUCCUAAAGGAGCAAGGCCGGGUAGUACUAAGGAAGAAAUGGGAAGAACUCCAGAGCUUUGCAGCUCUCACUCUACAGAAAAAUCUUAGAGGGUUUCUUAACCGCAAAAAUUUUCAGGUUUAUCGGCGCAAGAUCACUGUUGUUCAAGCACACGUCAGGGGGCGUCAGGCCAGGAGACGUUACAGAAGACUGAAAUACAACAGAGUCCAGUUUGGGGCUGUCCUGUUAAUCUCCAGAAUUUCUUCCAUACACAGGCGCAUCUGCCAGGUGAGUCAAGCAGUCAUCCUAUAUCUGCAAGGGACACCUCCUAUCUUUCUAGUACGUCACUCUCCUGCCAUAUAAACAUAUUUUUUCCACUCAACUUAAU